AUGAUAGAAAUAAUGAGUUAUUUUAGAUUGUUAUUUGCGAUAACUCUUUAUAUCUUACUUUUAAUUGAUCUAAUUAGUACUCAACGAAAUAAAGAAAAAUAUUUAUGGAUUGAAGUUAUAAAUGCCGAAUUCACGUUAUUAACAUUAAUAGAACAUCCAAGACGUUUAAAAAAUUUACUAAGAGCUAUUCGAAUUUGGACUGCCAAUCGACAAGCAAAAAAAUCUUCGAGAAUUGAAAAAUUCUGUGAACCUGAUGAUCCUAAUUCAAUACCUCAAAAGAUUACUAAUUCAGAUUCUAAACCUGAUAAAUUGGUAGUAGCAAUAAAGGUUUCAUUAGAACUUCCAUCAUCCAUAAAAAAUUUACAAAAAAUUGUAUCUCAAAAUUAUGGUUGGUAUUUAUAUGAUGUCGAAGAUAAUUCAUUGAUUUGCUCACCAGCAAAGUUAUUAAGUAUUUUGGGUAUUUGGAAUAUUGGAAGUUUAUUGCAAUAUGGAAUUUGUGCAAUCCUAUGGUUUAUGACACCAUUAAAACGUCCAUUUGUUCCAUACUUAACAUUAACAAUAAUGUCCAUUAUUUGUGAGCUCGCUCCAAUUCCUAUAGUAGUUGUUCAAUCAAAACAUGCGUUAUUAGCUAAAAGAUUAGUAAUGGAUAAUUCUGAAAAAUCUGUUUGUAAUCAAGUUUAA